AACACAUAGAUAGUAGUAUUUAAGGAAACUAUACAUUAGAGUAAAAAUGCAGCACAGCAGUAUCAUUUAUUACCUUGGAGCCUUUGCUGAUCUGUUUCUCCAAGUAUGGCAGGCCACAAAAAUUCAGAAGGAACGGGCAUCAAGAACCAACCUGAGACAGGAAGAAGCGCGUGUUGGCCUCAGUAUUCAACAUCUAAAGAGGGCAGGAGGAAUAGAAGCUUUAUUGAAGGAUGCCUCUUUGGUUUGUGCUGUUGCUGGCUGUGCGAGUCUUGUUUCAAUUAACAUAGAGGAGGCUGUGCAAUUAAUUCCGUUCACAGAAGACACAGCCAAUUUAUGUCAUCCUCUACUACUAUUGAGUUGUAUGCGGACACAUAUACAGAUGUGUGAUUUUCAUCAAUAAAAGCAUGUGUUGAAUUAUGUUAUCAGCUAGCUCACUUUUGCAGUGAUCGAUUCUCUUAUUGUUCAUCCAAAAUUAGAUACAAGAAAUUGGGGGAAAAUGAAGAUAUAUUCCAAGGAAACAAGUAACAUAUGAAUGUAUAAAACAAACUUAAGUAGAAAUUAAUAUAUUUAAUUAAUGCCA